GGGAGGAGACUAGUUCUAGAGAAAAGUUCCAGCGUGGAUGUACGAGACACAUUCAUGAGCCGAGCAGGAGCAGGGUGAAGCCUCAGAGCUGGAGGAGCUGCAGGAGGUGCAGGCACUGCUGGUUUCAACUAAAGCCCCGGAGAAACACGGAGCUCACAGCCGGAGGAUCUGCAGCUGCUGCAGUUAAUGAUGGAGGAGAAGCAGUGCUGUGUCACACUAUCAGUCCAGCCAUCCAGAGGGCUUGUAGAUGAGAAGUUUAUUGUCCUGGUCCAGAACGCCCUCCCUAGUUCCCAGCUGACCAUCCGCGCCCUCCAUCAGUGUGAAGAUGGACACAGCUGGCAUUCCUUCGCCCACUAUACCUCUGAUGCCACCGGGGCUGUAAACGUUUCAGAGGACUGCAGUGUGGGGGGAACUUAUACAGGGGUGGAAGCUAUGGGUUUGUUAUGGAGCCUUAAACCAGUUCCAGGCAGCAAAGCAGGGCUCAGGAUGAGGAAGAAGAAUGUCCUGGCCCCCAUGGUGGUCACCAUCUCUGUUUACCAGGGUCACCUGAGUGAGGGCUUUGGGAAUCAGGAGCCUCUGGCCGGUGUGGAAGUGGAGCGGUGGUACAUGGCACCUGGUGUCCGACGGAUUCCAGUCACAGAGGAUGGACUCACUGCCACUCUCUUCCUACCUUCAGGACCUGGACCUUUUCCUGGUCUCCUGGACCUGUGGGGCGGUGGGGGGCAGCUGGUGGAGUACCGGGCUGCACUGCUGGCCUCUCAUGGGAUUGCCACCAUGGCUCUGGAUUACCUGACAUGUAAAUACACCAUGGAAACAGGAACCUUUGUGAAGCAGGACUACUUUGAGACAGCCUAUAAAUUCCUCCAGAAGCACCCCAAGGUCCUGAGCAGCAGAAUGGCCAUGCUGGGCCUCUCCCUGGGCACCAGCAUCACCCUGAGGAUGGCUGUCUGUUCUGAAGUUACCAAGUUCAGGUGUGCAGUGUGCAUCAGUGGCAGUCACAUUCAGCCCAUGGAUGGAUUUCUGAAGGAAACGUUGGAUUACUUCUUCAGGAACUCUGGGAAAACUCGCUUUACUAAAGAUGAUGAAGUGAUCUGGAGAGAUCUGCUGCUGCCCAUCCCCUCUGACCCCUCCCUCAAAGUGGAUGUGGGAAAACUCCAGUGUCCACUGAUGCUAAUUGUUGGAGAAGAUGAUCAGAACUGGUGCACCUAUGAGUCGGCAAUGGAUAUGAAGGCGAUGAUGGAGCGAGCAGGGAACAGCCAUCUACUGACCCUCCUGUCGUAUCCUAACGCAGGUCACCUGAUCGAGCCACCGUACACGCCGCACGUACGAGCCAGUGUGUUCAGAGAUGUUCAGUCACGCCAAAAGCUGAUGGCUCUGUGGGGGGGGCAGACCCUGGAACAUUCCCGGGCCCAGGAGGACGCCUGGAGGAAACUCUUGGUGUUUCUGAGGACCAACCUGUAUGGAGGCGUAAAGCCUGGAGCUUCAUCGCUUUCCAACCUUUAAAUAUUGGCUGUUGGUUUGGAAGCAGAGGCCAGAUCCUCAGUUCUCUGCUAAAUCAUGGGAAUCACAUUAAAAUAAACAGGAAACAAGCUUUGGACUAAUAAAUACUCUGUUGAAAUUAA